AUGCAGGAUGCUAUGAUUGAUCGUUUGUCACAGCUUAUCCUCGAGCGACGCGAUUGUAUGGAUCCAUCGCGCCGCUUGCUUGUGGGUAUAGCAGGCAUUCCAGGAUCAGGAAAGUCAAGUCUUGCCCAUCACAUUUCAGGUCGAAUUGAAUCUUUGCGUGGACCUUGCUGCGUGACAAUCGGUAUGGACGGCUGGCACUUUCCGCGCGCCGUCCUGGAUAAAAUGGAUAACCAAGAAGAAGCCUAUAAGCGUCGUGGUGCCGCUUUUACCUUUGAUGCGGAGGCAUUUGUUUCCUUCGCUCAGCGCCUCCGCCAGGAAGGUAUGAAUGAAUUAUCUGCCCCCUCAUUUUCCCAUGCUGAAAAAGAUCCAGUACCCAAUGACAUUAAUAUAAGACAAUCGCACACAAUUGUUCUGAUCGAAGGCUUGUACUGUUGUCUGAAUCUGGAACCCUGGCGUCGUGCCACUGAAUGCUGGGAUCUACGUUGGUUCGUCGACACAUCACCAUCUGUCGCGCGUGAAAGAUUAAUUCGGCGACAUGUCGAGUCUCGCAUCUGUAAUGACGCGGCAUCUGCUGCUCAACGUGCAGAUACAAACGACUUGCCUAAUGGCGACUGGAUUCUUGCACAUAUCUACGAGCCAGUAUCUUAUUGGCACAUACCCUCAUGGGAUGCGCUGCCUACUAAAGCUUAG